GGCGUGGUCAAGCGCCCGUCCGGGAGAGAGAAGCGGUUUACUCCAGUGGAACUUGCAUUUCUUGCAGAAUAUGCAAAGACAAUGAGCCCAGUUGCCAGGGCACUGGAUGUUCUUCAGGGAGAAACCAGUGUGCAGAUGGGAUGGUUGGUCCCCACCAUAACUCUACUAAGGACCAAGCUCCGGCACCUUCACAGCGCCUCCAAGUUCUGUGAACCUUUGAUUGCUGCACUUCUUUCAGGCCUUGAAAAACGCUUCAGCGAGAUGCUUGCAGAUCCAGAGCUGAUAGCUGCAGCCAUUCUAGUUCCCAAAUUUAAGACCUGCUGGACAAGUGACGAAAAUAUCCUCAAACUUGGUCUUGACUAUAUCAGAAGCCACUUGGACUGUCAGGCUGAGAAUCCCAUCAGUGAGGAGGGCUCCCAAUCAUCUGAGGAAGAGGACUUCUUUUCCUCCUUGAAGACCAGCCCUCUUGAAAUGACCCAGCAGUUGGAUGCGUACCUGGGGUGCCCCGGAGACACAGUAGAAGUACUGAAGUCCUUCCCAGCUGUGUGCCAGCUAUCACUUAAGCUUAAUACGGCACUCCCUGCCUCAGCAGCCUGUGAAAGACUGUUUAGCGUUGCAGGGCUGAUCUUCAGGCCAAAAAGAGCAUGCAUUGGCUCAAAGAACUUUGAGAACCAGCUGCUUUUGCGGCUAAACAAAGCCUAUUGGUAACUCUUUGUUGCAUGUAUUGUGCUUAACUGAUGUAGAUUACCCUGUUGUUGUACAUGCAGGAUUGAGUCCACAGUGUUUGUUACAUCUAGUUAUUAAUAUUUUUUAUUUUUUGAUUAAGCAUUAAUUUUGACAGCACUGUUUAUUGUAUAUAGACAACCAUACAAGGGCAAUUGUUACUAAGCCUGCCCGGGGUACACCAAUUUUCUUCUCCAUUGCCCACACAGAUUCCUGCAGCUAAGCUUGGAUGUACAUUUACAUUCCAAUAAAGGUUAUUGAUAACAUGCCUCUGAAGUUUGACUUUUUGCUCCAUUACAAUACUUAUAGGCAACUAGUCAUCAUAUCUCCAUGAAACACGUUAAUGCUCAGUAGUACACAUAUGGUUCUUUAAUGUAUUUGCAUUGUACUAAAAUGCAUUCAUUUUCGAUGGACAUAUAUGUGGCUGAAACAGGUAGCCUUCAUCCCAAAUUUUUUUUAAUAUAACAUUAUAGUCAUUAUGGCCUUUAGAAACAUGUUUUUUUUAGGAGGUGGUAGUGCACUAUAGGCCCCUGUGUCGUGGCCUAAGCUUUUGUCAUUAAUGGAAUUUUUUUUCCAUACAUUACUUUUACUUUAUACAUUAAGUAGUUUUGAAAGCAGUACUUUUACACUUUUACUUGAGUAAAAAGCUUGAGUUGAUACUUCAACUUCUACAGAAGUCUUUUUAAACCCUAGUAUCUAUACUUUUACUUGAGUUAUGAAUGUGAAUACUUUUGACACCUCUGCUGUUAUGAUAAAGGUUUAAUUUCAUCUUUGUAUAACUUGUUUGUGUCUGGGUCCAAUGAAUCCUUCGAAUACAAGCUAAGACAAUGGAAGGAAGAUAUAGAUGAUGAAAUACCAUUAGAAGUCUGGAAUGAGGCAUGUAAGAAGGCUCAGAGACAAACAGUUAACAGUAGCCUGAAACUUUUACAGUAUAAAUGGUUGAUGCGAGUAUACAUAACCCCAGUUAAAUUGCAUAAGUUUAAUGAUAACAUUCCUGAUACUUGCAUCAAGUGCAAUGAGGCAAGAGGGACAAUCUACCACUGUAUAUGGGAAUGCAUCAAAAUAAAAACCUUUUGGCAAGAUAUUAUUUAUGUGAUAGGUCAAAUGUUAUCAAAAAAACUACCACUGGAUCCUAGAUUUUUCAUUCUGGGUAUAUAUUCUACCAACAUACACUUACAAAGCAGAGAGAUUAGGUUUUUGGACAUGUGUAUUUUACAAGCUAAACGUACAAUUGCUCUUACGUGGAAAAACGUUGAUGGACCAAGACUCGGGAUGUGGAUCAAAGGAAUGGUGUCAAACAUGUCAAUGGAAAAGAUAACGUAUAUUCUUAGACGUAAACAGAAUAAUUUUGACGAUAUCUGGAGACCUUUUAUGAACUUCCUAAGACAUGAUGUUAAUGUUGGUAAACUGCUUCAGCAGGAAGAAGCUCUGAGGGAGUAGGGUAGCAUUGUGAUGUUGAAUAUUGAUUUGAGAAGCACCCUUUAUUUUAAUUUUAAUCUUACUUUUAUUUUAUUAUAAUUAUUUAUUUA